AUGGCCAUCUUUCGGGAAAAAGGCAGGUGGCCGCUCGUCCGGCGCCUGCGCUGGCUGCGAAUCGGCCAGUACGUCCUCAACGUGACCAUCAUCGCCAUCAGCGCGUUCCUGCUCGCCGUGCUCAUCUCCAACGACGCCGGGCUGGGGGGCAGCGUCACGCUGGCCAUUGCGGCGGCGGGCCUGACCCUGAUCCUCACCGGCAUGCAGCAGUGCUUCGGCACGCGCCUGGCCGGCUACCGGCGCCGCGGGUGCCUCAUCUUCUUCAUCUUCUUCGACCUGCUCUGCAUGGGGCUGCAGGUGCCCGUGGUUGCUGUCCUGGCGGCGGCCGGCCUGCCCGUCGACUGCCACGGCAUCGCGUUCGGCAAUGACCCCUUUGUCUUCGGUGAGAGUGGCCGCGGACUGACGCCGAAUUUCUGCGCCGUGCCCAACACCACCUUUUGGCUGUCCAUUAUUCUCAUAUUAUCCUACAUGUACACCCUCAGCCUUAUUAUUCGGCAGAUUGUCGCGGUGAGCAGGGAGCUGAAGCUGCUCCGGCAGGAGGAGAAGGACACGGCGAGCAACGAGCGCAUCACGGCCAUCAUGGCGGCUCACCAGGCUCCCCCGCGGACCUGGAACCGCGCGCGCCCGAACCAGGUCGAGACGGUCGACUUACGCCCCGAACCCGUCCGGGCAGUGGACGAGCCGGACGUCGAGGCUGCCGUGGUGCCUCCGGCCGACGUGGUGCCUCCGGUUGCCGGCCCUUCGGCUGGGGAGGCGCCUCCGCCUUAUAUUUCUGCCCAGCCGGUGCAUGAUUUAGCGACACGGUUGAAGAAGAAUUAA